AACAGAAACUCUUUAAUUUUAUUUUGUUUAAAUCGUAACGCCAUUUGACUGAGCACUUCAUUUUUUUGACUCUGGUCACUGUAUCUGUGUUGAUCGGCGCUCUGCGAAAUCGGUGCUUGAAUUCGUGCGUUCUUCGUCACUGCGAUGCAAUCAGUUAUUAUUUCAGGAUAUGAUAUAAAACAUCUGGGAAGAGAAGCUCAAAGUCGGUGGUUAAAGCCUGCUGAAGUAUAUUUCAUAUUGAAGAAUUAUGAGGAGCACCAGCUCGCCCACCAAGUUCCUCAGAAACCUACAAGUGGAUCUUUGUAUCUGUUCAACAAACGAGAGCUGAAGUUUUUCAGGAAAGAUGGUCAUAAUUGGCGUAAAAGGAAGGAUCAGAGAACCAUUGCUGAAGCACAUGAACGGCUCAAGGUUGGAAAUGCCGAAGCCCUAAACUGUUAUUAUGCUCAUGGAGAGGAGAACCCUAAGUUUCAAAGAAGAAGCUACUGGAUGUUAGAUCCGGCAUAUGGGCACAUUGUUCUUGUGCAUUACAGAGAUAUUCGUGUGGGACGGGAGAAUUCUGGAUCAGCAUCUCAGCUUCCAACAUCAUCUCCUUCCACCUUCAGUCUUAAUCCUGCAUCUUUUGCAUCUGAGUUGCCAGACCCGUCCUUUGUCAUUGGUGAAUCUUAUGAAUUGUAUCAUAAUGAUUCUAGUCCCAACUCAGUGGAGAUAAGCUCUAGUCAAAUUGUCAACAAUCAUACAAUGAACCGGUCAGAAGAGAGAGCAAAUGAAGUAAGUGGUUCUUCAGGGCUGGAUACGGAUCACACAUUUGAAAGAAUAAAGCACCAACUGAGUUUAAAUGAUGAGGAGUCAGCAUUUAAUAAAUACUACUUUGAGACCGAGGAUUCAAAUGAUCUAGAUGUUCUGCGGGAAUAUGAAUUAUCUAAUCUGACACCAACAAGCACAGGGAACAUUCAUCCACUAGAACCAGAUAAUAGAGUUCAACAGUACCAGAAACCACCAGGAACUGACGUUGACAUUUGGAGAGAGAUGCUGGAUGGCUCCAAGAAUUUUCCAAGUGCAGAAUCACCACCACAGUGUGGAGGGCAUGAAACUUUUACCUUGCCAGCUUAUUUAAUCCUUGAAGAAGUAGAUUCACAGAAGCAUCAUACAUAUACUCCUAUACCACAUGCUUACCAUCCAGCCUGCAGUUUGCCGGUAUUUUACCAAGAUGGAUUGGAAAUCUCUCUUGACAACAAUAUAAAUUUGACCAUUGCCCAAAAACAGAGGUUCACUAUCCGUGAGAUAUCCCCAGAGUGGUGUUAUACCUCUGAGGGCACAAAGAUCAUCAUUAUUGGGUCUUUCUUCUGUGAUCCUUCGGAGUGUGAAUGGGCUUGUAUGAUCGGUGACGUCGAAGUUCCUGUCCAGAUCAUUCAGGAAGGCGUCCUCUCCUGCUAUGCUCCAGCUCACUUACAGGGGGAAGUUAGUAUUUGCAUCACUUCUGGAAAUCGAGAAGCAUGCAGCGAAGUCAGGGACUUUGAAUACCGAGCCAAGUCUGAAGUGUCCACACACAGUGAUAUAACUGGAACAGAGGCUUAUAAGAAUCCAGAUGAACUUGUGUCGCUUGUCAGAUUUGUUCAAAUGCUGCUAUCGGAUGCUCAGAAAGCCUCUGAAUCAAGAACUGAUGAGGACUCAUGGAGCCAAGUCAUUGAUACACUUUUGGUUGGUACUUCUACAUCAUCAAGCGUUCUUGAUUGGCUUCUCCAAGAACUUCUGAAGGAUAAAUUGGAUAAAUGGCUUUCAUCUAAAUUACAAAAUAGUAAUGAGAAAGGCUGCUCGUCUUUAUCCAAGAAAGAACAAGGUAUCAUACACAUGGUUGCCAUAUUAGGAUUUGAAUGGGCCUUGCAACCAAUAUUGAACUCUGGAGUAAGCGUUAACUUCCGCGACAAUAAUGGAUGGACUGCACUUCAUUGGGCUGCACGAUAUGGGAGAGAAAAGAUGGUGGCUGCAUUGAUUGCAUUUGGUGCAUCGGCCGGUGCAGUUACCGAUCCUAAUGCACAGGACCUUACUGGCAAAACGCCUGCAUCAAUUGCUGCUUCCUACGGUCACAGGGGACUCGCAGGUUAUCUCUCGGAAGUUGCAUUAACCACUCACCUGGCAUCCCUGACACUGGUCGAAAGCGAGCUUUCUAAAGGCUCCGCCGCCUUGGAAGCAGAAAGAGCCGUAAAUAGUAUACCAUCCUCAGACUACGAAGAUGAGGACUCCCUCCGGCAGACUCUAGCUGCAGUUCGGAAUGCAGCUCAGGCUGCUGCACGCAUUCAAUCAGCAUUCCGUGCUCAUUCAUUCCGGAAGAGGCAGCAGUUGAAAUCAGCCAUACCCAUUGGUAGAGAUGAGUUUACCGACAUUCAGGGGCUUUCAACUGCAUCAAAGCUGGCAUUUCGCACCACACGCGACAACAACUUGGCUGCAGUAUCCAUACAGAAGAAGUAUAGAGGGUGGAAAGGGAGGAAAGAUUUCCUAUCACUGCGCCAGAAAGUUGUCAAGAUCCAGGCUCAUGUGAGGGGCUACCAAGUUAGAAGGAACUUCAUGGUUUGCUGGGCAGUUGGUGUGCUGGAGAAGGUUAUACUAAGGUGGCGGAGGAGAGGAGUGGGUCUACGGGGAUUCAGGGCAGAGCUAGAGUCCAUCGACGAGAGCGAGGGCCAAGACAUCCUGAAGGUGUUCCGGAAGCAGAAAGUGGAUGAAGCCAUCGAUGAGGCCGUGUCAAGAGUGCUGUCCAUGGUGGAAUGUCCAGAGGCGCGUCAGCAAUAUGGUCGUCUUCUUAGCAAAUACCGUCAGGCUAAGGCUAAACUGCAGAAUGGUAAUGGCAUCACACAAUAUCCCAACGUGGAAGAUAAAGACACUACACUAAUCGACUAAAGUAAUAUAAUUGCUCUAUAGAUAACAUAAAUUACACUACUGACCUUCAUUUUCUCUGUAAAGUGUAAAUGCUUGUGCUUAUGUUGUAGUAAUAGUUACUCUGUAUUUUACUAGUAAUGUUGUAGAUGUUGAGAUUCUAGUCAGUACACAAAUCACUCAUUAUUUCCUCACA